GUUCUCCCAAUGGGUGUCCAAGCUGCUUUGUGCGCUCAGGUCCCGCCCACCCUGCCAGGGAUAUAAAAGGCGGCUUGGCGUACGGGCGUCUCUCUUCGAACUCAGGGGAGAAUCGGGGUCGUGCUUCCUGGGCGAUCAUCCGAGUAGAUCAUGUCUCCGGGCGCAGGGUCUCCGAUUACCAAGAAGGGUAUCCUAGAACGUCUAGAUGCUGGGGAAAUUGUAAUCGGAGAUGGAGGGUUUGUCUUUGCCCUUGAAAAGAGGGGUUUUGUGAAAGCUGGUCCUUGGACUCCAGAAGCUGCCGUAGAACACCCAGAAGCAGUUCGCCAACUGCAUCGAGAAUUUCUCAGGGCUGGAUCAAAUGUUUUACAGACCUUCACUUUUUAUGCAAGUGAUGACAAGUUAGAGAACAGAGGCAACUAUGUAGCUGCUAAAAUUUCUGGCCAGAAGGUGAAUGAAGCUGCUUGUGACAUUGCAAAAGAAGUGGCUGAAGAAGGCGAUGCUCUGGUGGCUGGUGGUGUUAGUCAGACACCUUCAUACUUAAGUCGUAAGAGUGAAGCUGAAGUUAAAACAAUCUUUCGAAAGCAGCUGGAUGUUUUUAAGAAAAAGAAUGUGGACUUCUUAAUUGCAGAGUAUUUUGAACAUGUUGAAGAAGCUGCAUGGGCAGUUGAAACCUUAAAGGAAUCUGGGAAGCCAGUUGCAGCUACUAUGUGCAUUGGUCCAGAAGGAGACAUGCAUGGUGUUCUUCCUGGAGAAUGUGCUGUUCGACUUGUAAAAGCUGGUGCUUCUAUUGUUGGUGUGAACUGCCACUUUGAUCCAGACACUUGCCUCAAAACGGUGAAACUCAUGAAGGAGGGCUUGCAAGCUGCUAAGCUAAAAGCACAUCUGAUGUCACAGCCACUUGCAUUUCAUACUCCUGAUUGCGGGAAGCAAGGUUUCAUUGAUCUACCAGAAUUUCCUUUUGCUUUGGAGCCAAGAAUUGUCACCAGAUGGGAUAUACACAAAUACGCAAGAGAAGCCUAUAAUUUAGGAAUCCGUUACAUUGGCGGCUGCUGUGGAUUUGAACCAUAUCACAUAAGAGCGAUUGCUGAGGAGCUGGCUCCAGAAAGAGGGUUUUUACCACAAGCUUCAGAAAAACAUGGUAGCUGGGGGAAUGGUUUGAGCAUGCACACCAAACCCUGGGUCAGAGCAAGGGCUAGGAAAGAAUACUGGGAAAAUCUGCUACCUGCUUCAGGCCGACCCUACUGCCCCUCCCUUUCAAAACCAGAUGGCUGGGGAGUGACCAAAGGAGAUGUUGAGCUGAUGCAGCAGAAAGAAGCUACAAGUGAUGAUCAAUUAAAAGAGCUCUUCAAGAAACAGACAUUCAAAUCCAGCAGUGCAUGUUAAAUGUUUAGCAAUUUCACAUGUGCCUUCUGGUCCCACAAGAAGACUAUUGGAUCACAGCCAAUAUGCAUAAUUCAGAGAAAGUUUGUUAUGUUCCAGUCCAAAUGAAAUCAGUAUAUUACAUGCUCAGCCUGAGUUUCGGCCCAUCUACUUCAAAGUAUGUCGUAUCAUGUGCUUAGUGUUGAAACCAAGUUUCAUUUGUUUCAGAAAAAGUUAGGGACAGCUUAAUUUUCUCUGGAUUGCGCCCAUUCUCUUAGUUUGAGAUUAGCAGUGCAAUCAAAAAUGAUGUUAAAUAUUUCUAAGCCAAUUGACUUCAGUGGAUUUAGAAGGAAGUAACUCAGUUUAGGAUUGUAUUGUUAGUUUGUUUUUUUAUAAACAGAGCACUGUUUAUGGAAGGAUAAAGUAUCAAUACUGCUUUAGAAAAGGCUCUUUUCGCAGAAUAAGAACUUUAAAAUAACAAAUGUUAUGACAUCUAUAUCAUUUUAAAAUUCAUUGAAACAAGAUCAGAUAAGAUACAAAUGAUUAUUCAAACAUCUCUGUUUAUCACUUGUUUUGAACUUGAGAUACUGCCGCUAUUUCUAAACACAUAUUCAAGGGGAAAAUAAAGCGGAAAUUCCACUUUUGAAAAUGAAUUCCCUAUGGUUCCAUGAAACCAAGCAAACACUGAAACAUUAACAUGUUAAAAUGCUCUUGCAUGUGACUAAAUGCAUCAUUGAUCUGGUAAAUACUGGACAGAGGCUCAGGACUUCAGCAAUAUUCAUGUGUAAGAAAAAUGGCUUGCAUUAAUACCAAUAAAGAUUUACAAAUUCUUUUAA